CCACUCCCACUUAUAAAUACGAUUCCUCUGUUCCCACGGAACCCCAAUUCCUCGUUUUAUCUUCCACAGCUACUCUGAUUGUAAUCGCAAUAUGGACUGUGAGGAUGGGUCUGCAGUUCAUGAUAUCGUUUCCGUCCUCUCUUCCCCCAACAGGGACUACCUUAUACGCAACAAUGGCAAUCAGGUUAAGAUUACCAGUUUGAGGGGAAAGAAGAUUGGGUUAUAUUUUUCAGCAUCAUGGUGUGGCCCAUGUCGACGAUUCACCCCAGAGUUAGUAGAGGUGUACAAUGGCCUCUCCUUGAAAGGUGAUUUUGAGAUCACCUUUGUUUCAGCUGACGAGGAUGAUGAGAUGUUCAAGGAGUAUUUCUCUGAGAUGCCAUGGCUUGCAAUACCAUUUUCUGAUUCAGAUACACGCGAUCAUUUGGAUGAACUAUUUAGGGUGAGUGGUAUUCCACACCUUGUGAUCAUUGGUGAAAAUGGGAAGGUUUUGACUGAUAGUGGGGUUGAGAUUAUACGAGAGUAUGGAGUGGAAGGUUUUCCUUUUACUUCAGAGAGGAUUAAAGAAUUAAAAGAGCAGGAGGAAGUGGCCAAGAGGGAACAGUCCUUGAGAUCCAUCUUAGUCUCCGACUCACGUGAUUUCGUAAUUUCAGCCAAUGGAAUGAAAGUACCUAUCUCUAAGCUUGAAGGGAGGUUGGUGGGGCUUUAUUUCUCAUUAUCUUCGUACAAAUUAUGUAUUGAUUUUACUUCAAAACUAGUGGAUGUUUAUGCUAAGGUGAAAGCAAUGGGGGAGAGCUUUGAAAUUGUCUUGAUAUCAUUUGAUGAUGAUGAAGAAUCAUUCAAUGAAGGAUUUGGAAGCAUGCCUUGGUUUGCAUUGCCCUUCAAGGAUGAGAGCUGUAGGAAGCUGGCUAGGUACUUUGAACUCUCGACAGUACCCACUUUGGUUAUGAUUGGGCCAGAUGGAAAAACACUCCAUUCCAAUGUUGUAGAAGCCAUUGAAGAGUAUGGGAUUCAGGCAUACCCUUUUACCCCUGCAAAGUUUGCAGAGCUUGAGGAGAUAGAGAAGGCAAAACAGGAAGCACAGACUCUAGAGUCCAUUUUGGUUUCAGGGAAUCGAGAUUAUUUGAUUGGGAAACAUGGGGUCAAGGUUCCAGUGUCUGAUCUUGUGGGUAAGAACAUCCUCCUAUAUUUCUCAGCACAAUGGUGCUCUCCAUGCCGUGCUUUUCUGCCAAAACUUACUGACACAUAUCACAAGAUUAAGGCCAAGGACAGUGGUUUUGAAGUGAUUUUCAUCUCUAGCGAUAGGGACCAGACCUCCUUUGAUGAUUUCUUUUCUGAAAUGCCAUGGCUGGCACUUCCCUUUGGCGAUGAGAGGAAGGAAUCUUUAAGCAAGAUGUUCAAGGUCCAGGGCAUCCCCAAGGUUGUGGCCAUUGGACCAACUGGCCGGACUAUUACAACACAAGCCAGAGACCUUGUAGCCGAUCAUGGGGCCGAUGCCUAUCCUUUCACUGAUGAACGUUUACAGGAGAUAGAGGCACAAUAUGAGAUGGCAAAGGGGUGGCCUGAUAAGCUGAGCCAUGCUCUUCAUGAGGAGCACGAGCUUGCGCUCACUCAACAUCAGAUUUAUAAGUGCGACGGGUGUGAUGAGGAAGGACAUGUGUGGGCUUUCAGUUGUGAAGAAUGUGACUUCGAUCUCCAUCCAAAGUGUGCUUUGGAAGACAGCAAAGGAACUGAAGAUGAUGCAAUGGAUGAGGAAAAACCAGAAGAAGGAUGGAUAUGCGACGGGAAAGUCUGUUUCAAAGCUUGAGAGGCUCAACCUUUAGAGGUUGCAGCUAAGGUUGAUUUUUAUUGACUUUCCUAGUGAUGCAUGUAACAGGACUGCAUAUGUAGGAGGCCAUAAUUAAGCUUAGCACACCCCUAAGCAAGUAUCUCCUGCCGUGUUACUAGAAAUGUAUUUAUGACUCAUUCCUUGUUUUCUAUUAGCUUAGAAGGAGGAAAUGGUACUUGAAUAGCCAUGUCAAUGGUCCGCUUCAUGGCUUGUUUAACUCGAUGUAUUGUGCAGAAAUAUAUCAAAUUCUCGACUGCAACCAAGGGAAGAUGAAAAAAAUAUAUAUAUAAAAGCAAAAGGAUUAGGAUAUGGCUCCUGGUCUUUCUUUGUA